AUGACGUUCUUGCAACGUGUUCUUCUUCUCGCAUGGUUGCCUUCGUUAGUGGCCGCCGUGAUCACACAGGCGAAUCGCAGAGUCCUUGUUGAUGCCGGCGGUUCGUUGCAUUCGCAGUUGCAGCAUUGCGCUAAGCUACCACCGCGAAUGAUGGUGCAUUCGCCAGUUGCAUUGCUGUCGUCGGCCGAUGAUGGUUUCGUGCGCUUUGUGGUCACCAAGACGCGAAGUGACCGUGGACAAGUGGAGUUUGCAGAGUUGGUGUUGGAAGAUGCAGCUGGCCAGCCAAUUGAUUUGUCCAGCGCCGCCAAUGUCAUUCAGGCGAGAUUGGAAGGACCCAAUCUGCUUGAAACUCCGGGAAGUGUGGAUUUGUGUGUCGAUGGCAAGCUGGAAACAAGCUGUCAUCUGGAAGUUGGUCAGAGCAUUGUCUUGCAGCUUCAGCCAGGCCACCGAGUGGGGAGCUAUGGUUUCAAGACCGCGCUUGAAAACAGCACGGAGGUUCGGGCCUGCGACCCCAUUGCCUUCAAAAUGGAGAGGUCUCAAGACGGUUCUGUCUGGCGUGAGUCCAGUGUCAAAGCUGCGGUGGAUGUGCCAAAUGCCGGUGGGUUCAUGGUAGGCCCCUUUCUGCUAUCGGGCUUUGCCGGUGGGCCCGUGGAGACGCAGGGCCACAUACCACCGAUGAUUCCAAAGGAUCUUCCAACUACCACAGCUGGUCGGCAGUUUCCAGCAGAGACUCCGAGCGGCAGGGCCAAUGUGAUGUCAUUCACAACCACUACGCCGCCGCCACCACCACUUGCAGCAGCGGCGCCGGAAGCAUCGCCACCAGCCCCGAUGGCUGUUGUGGAGCCGCAGCUGAUGUUGAGCACAAGCACCACUCCAAUUCCAGAUGUCCCAGCCGAUGCACCCAGCCGUGUUGCGACAGCUGUCAUCGAUGCAGCAGAGCGUGCUGGAAUGCCACUGCCACAGCGAAUGGCCGCAGCCACUGCAGCGGCGGCUGCUGCAAAGACCCUCGCGAAGCCGGUCAGCAAGGAGGCCAUUGCUGAAGCCGCUGCCGCUGCCGGCUUGGAUACCAGCCACCUACAGGCUGUCAACGCCGCUUUGGCCAAGGCUGCUCCUCAACGCCUUCCUGCUCUACUUGCCCUGUGGAAUGCAGCUGCCGACGCGGCUCGCCAUGCCGCGGAGCGCGGUCCGGAAAAGGUGUCCCACGUUGUGGAGGCUGCUGCAGCAGCAGGCCUUUCGAUCGAACAGCAGGCUCAAGCGGCUGCCGCAGCUGCAGUGGCGGCUGUGGCAUCCAUGACGACCCCAGGCCCGGAGGCCAUGAUUACAGCAGUGGUGAAGGCUGCAGAAGAGGCUGGAAUGGCAUUGGACAAGCAAUCAGAUAUGGCUGCCGUCAUGCAGGUCCAGACUCCUGAGGAGCAAGAUGCUCUUCUUCACAUUCUUCAUGCCGCAGAGAUCUUACCCAGGACCACGCCAGCCCCAGAGGAAGUGCCAGAGUUUGAUGGCAGCAGCCCUGCUGCCAAGACGGUGGCCGACACGAUCACUCAGGUCAUCCGGGAUAUUCCCGUAAGCCCGCAACAGAAGCUGCAAGUGGUUUCCUCUGCUGCAAGGGCCGCGCAAGUAGCAGCAGAACACUCUUCCACGACAACCUCCUUCGAUGGCGUUCGCAUGGUGGUAGAGGCUGCCGAGGCUGCGGGCAUCAAGGAUGCCGAGAAGCUGCAGAAGGUGCAGGAGAAAGCAGAAGAGCUAAGCCCAGAAAAGCAGAAGGCCGCGGUGAGGACCUUGGAGGCCGCGGCCGACGACCAGACGCCGAGCACGACGGCACCACACGCCGCCGCAAAGGUUGCAGCGGUGGUCAAAGCAGCUGCAGACUCUGGCAUGACCGAGGAGCAGCAGGCGGAAGUCGCUGCGGCGGCUGCGGCAGCCGUUUCGAAGGCUGCAGAGCCCGCGCCCAAGGAGGGGCAGGUCUCGGAGUUGAUCAAGGUCGCCAAAUCUCUCGGCCUUGGCGACAGCGAGCUUGAGGCGAUCCUGGCUUCGGCGGUCAGUCCGAAGCUGAGCCCUCUGAGCCCUCCCAAGAAAGAGCGGAGGGCCCGGCGGACGAAGACCUGCCCAUCGCUCGAGGUCGAGGCCGCGGCGGCGCGGCAAGAACUGGAGGAGCCUAGCCCGCCCGAGGCGUUUGUGCGGCGGAGGCAGCGCACGAAGACCUGCCCCAGCCAUGCACUUCAGAACAUCGCAGAAGACAGGGAAGCCACCACAGAGUCCAUCCGGCUGGAGUCCCAGGAGAAGGUCCAGGCUCACCGGCCAUCUAAUCCGACGUCUCCACGAACCUCCGAGAGUGGCAGCUUGCCUGAGGCCUAUGCUUCGGCAGUGCAAACACCAAGCACCACGGCCUCAUUGCCUGGCAUGCCGAACAUAAAGAGCUGGCGAUGCGGUUCGACAAUAGGACAGGGUUCCUACGGCACUGUGUGCAGAGCCCUGGACACGGAGAACGGCUUCAUCUUCUGUGUCAAGAAGUCCGUGGUGACUGAAGAUGACGAGGAGGGCCAGAGGUACAUUCAGAAACUUCGCGAAGAGUUGGCCGCCUGA